CGAUAUCAUUGGAAAAGACAGGAUAGGAAAGGAUGGUCCCAUGAUGCCAUGCGCCCCACCCUUCCGCCAUUUUGGUUCCUGUAACGAGACCGACCGAGCUGAGCCGAGCGCUCUGCGGUAGCCUUGUAUGUAGGGCGCCGAGGAUCACUUUUCACAGACCCCCAGACCAUUUAAGGUUGUGUUUAGCUGUAGAGACGUAGUGUUGGACCAUGGCUUCCAAACCGAAGCCUCUGCAGAUGGCGCUACACAAGGUCAUCAUGGUGGGCAGUGGUGGGGUGGGCAAGUCAGCCCUCACCCUGCAGUUCAUGUAUGAUGAGUUUGUAGAAGACUAUGAGCCCACCAAAGCAGACAGCUACAGGAAGAAGGUGGUGCUGGAUGGAGAGGAGGUACAGAUUGACAUCCUGGAUACAGCAGGACAGGAGGACUACGCUGCUAUCAGGGACAACUACUUCCGCAGUGGGGAGGGCUUCCUGUGUGUCUUCUCCAUCACAGAACAGGAGUCCUUCGCAGCGACGGCAGACUUCAGGGAACAGAUUCUGCGGGUGAAGAAUGACGAGAACAUUCCGUUCCUCCUGGUGGGCAACAAGUGCGACCUGUUCGACAAGAGACAAGUCACGAUAGAGACCGCCACCGCCAAGGCAGGCGAGUGGAACGUGCCCUACGUGGAGACCUCCGCAAAAACACGGCAAAAUGUGGACAAGGCCUACUUUGAUUUGAUGCGAAUGAUCAGGGACAGGAAAAAGGCGAACGGUCCGACAGACAGACAGGGAAACAGGAACAAGCGAGGGUGCCUCCAGAUGUGUUCUUUGAUUUAAUGUGCGAGAUCCGCGAUCGGAAGAAAGAAGAGACCGCCAAGCCCGACGGGAAGAAGAACAAGAAAACCAAAAAGGAGGGAAAAAGAAAGAAGAAAUGUGUUAUAUUGUGAUCUUCUUCUUUCACCCACUCUCAAUGUGCAAAGCAUUUUCCGUUCACUAGUGUGAGUUUUUGGUCACAUCCCCCUUUGGACUUUGGUUUGAUCCAACACUCUGUAUCCUCAUUCGCUGAUUGGCUUUGCUUGGUCAAGCCAACUUUUAAUGGGGUAGAAAUUAAGUUGAAAGCAAAUUCUAACUUCUGAGAAGGACACAAGUCAUCAGUGUUACAACAUUGGGAUGGGUGUGCCUUAAGUUAAGUCUUAAACACAUGGUUCUCCUUUCCUCUCUGUUGUGUUACAUCCUAUUGUUUUACUUCUCUAAAAUUCUGAAUAACUAUCAAUUCCCUGAAUUUGUGAAAAUUGUCCUGUGAUGUUACUCCAAAGAGCAUAUAUGUGCAUAAGUAUGCAUUACUGUGCAUCACUGACUGAAUACUAAUUUCAAUAUGUUGAACAGUUUCGAUGUAAGGAAAAGUAAUGAAAAGAGAGCGAGACAAUUUGGGAGCAUGUUACUUUGUGUAUUGAAAUUCCAAAGGAAUAGCAAGACUUUCUUUUUUGUUGUUGUUGUAAUUUCUCAAUGUCUUGCUUCCUUCUUGCUUCAUGGCAUUUAGAAGUUAAUCUUAGAAGCUUUACAAUGUUGAGAAAGCCAGUCAGUUUUGAUAAUGUAGAAAAAACAUUGUUCUCUUGGGGUGAUCCUUUUAUUGAUAGACAUACAUGUGUAUAAAUUCUGACCCAUAAUCAUAUCCAGUUAGCAACACUAUGAAUUUUGUGGAAAAGUUGUCUCAUAUCCCUGUGGGGUAUCAUUUGGUCAGAAUCUGUAAUGCGUCUUCUGUUGAUAGUCCAUAAAAAGAUGCAUGAAAUCAAGCUUGUCAAAAUGUAAAAUCAUGACCAUUUACUCUUCCUUGAUAUUGGAAGGUUCCAAAGUUUGUAAUCUUCUCAACAAACAUGUAAUUACUGUAUAAUUGAUUAAUUACAUUAAUUUACAUAUUAAGAUAUUUGCAAUCUUAAGCACUGAUGAUGAUAAUAUUACUAAUUGUAUUUAUAUCACUGUUUAUGAAAUUAUGCACCUAAAAUCUUAUGUUAGGCAACUUCCGUAAUGACUGACAGUAAGUUCGCAGGGUAAGGGCGAUGGCAAAAGGGGGCAUGGUAGAGUUUUGUCAACGGAAAUGUAAAAAUUUGUCAGCAAACUUUAAUGUUUUUGAGAGGAACUUUGUCCGGUAGGAUGCUUCAAUACACCACAUUGCAUAGUCUCUUGUUUGGCAUGAAAUAUCAUUCAGUGAAAAUUGAUAUCACAAUUAACAUACAACUUGCUUGCCUACAAUGAAAAAUGAAAUAUUCAGAUAAGAUAUAACACCAUAUCUACAGAACAACGCUUAGAAAAUUUGGGUCCAAAACACUUUAUUGCACUAUAUGACAUUAGACCAGUACACUGAGAAAAAAAUGUUCCUAUUCACCAAAGAAGGUUAGCAAAUUAGGUAGAUUUUAAUUGAUUCAGUUAAACACUAUAAUUAGUACUAUGGAUGUAAUUUCUUUUCCUCCUCACAGAUACAUUUUGUACCCACUGAGGUAAAUGAUAUGGGGAGGGGCAGUGUGCAUUUAUUUCAGUAGAAUCAGUGAUUGUACAGUGUGCUUCUGGCAUGUUGCACAUUUCUGUUCACAUUAUGCAACCAAUGCACUUUUCUCUGAUUUUCACUUGCUGAACUUUGACGGAAUUCUGGCAAUGUGGGCACGUGGGAAUGCUAAAGCAUUCGACAGUUGUACAGUUUUUAAUUGAAGACAAAUAAAGUAUUAAUGGCGCUAACAGUA